AACAAGCGGACGCGAACGAUGGCAGUGAUGCGGCUGACGCGGCCGACGCUGUACAGUAACCCGGUAGUGUCCUGCGACCCGCGCGACCUGCCCGGCGCGACGCUGACCUCGGCGCCGGACGUGACCAGACUGCCCGACCUGCCCGACCUCCAGCUGGGCGAGAUGCUGCUGCUGCCCCAAAGCUUCGGGAGCAUCUACCUGGGCGAGACGUUCUCGUGCUACCUGUCGGUGCACAACCACAGCUCGGAGCCGGCGUCGGACGUGACGGUGCGGGCCGAGCUGCAGACGGGCUCGCAGCGGCUGACGCUGACGCCCGGCCCGGGCGGCGUCGAGCGGCCCGUCACGCUGCCGCCGGCCGCCAGCCGCGACCACGUCAUCCACCACGAGGUCAAGGACACCGGCGCGCACAUUCUGGUGUGCGCCAUUAACUACAUCAGCGAGGCGGGCGUCAGCAAGUUCUUCCGCAAGUUCUUCAAGUUUGAGGUCCUGAAGCCGCUGGACGUCAAGACCAAGUUCUACAACGCGGAGUACGAUGAGUACGCGGCGCUUUCAGACGAGGUGUACCUGGAGGCGCAGAUCCAGAACGUGACGCCCGCCGCCAUGUGCAUGGAGGGCGUCUCGCUGGAACCGUCGCCCCUCUUCGACGCUACCGAUCUGAACGGCGUGUCCGGCGGUGAGUCGUCGUUCGGCCCCAGCGGCUGGCUGGGACCGCAGGACAGCCGUCAGUACCUGUUCUGCCUGGCGCCGCGGCCGGAGCUGCGCGCCGCCAGCAAGCAGCUCAAGGGCGUCACGAACAUCGGCAAGCUGGACAUCACAUGGCGCACCAACCUGGGCGAGCGCGGCCGCCUGCAGACCAGCCAGCUGCAGAGGAUGACGCCCGGUUACGGGGACCUGCGGCUGACCAUCGAGGACAUGCCCAGCGUGGUGGAGCUGGAGGAGACUUUCCACUUCACGUGCCGUGUGCAGAACGCCAGUGACCGCAGCCUGGCGCUGUCGCUGCGUCUGGAGCCGCCGGCCGGCGAGCCGGGCCUGGUGUGGCGGGGCGUCAGCGGGCGCCAGCUGGGUCAGCUGGCGCCCGGCGCCACGGCGCCAGUGACGCUGCAGAUGGUGGCGCGUCGCCUCGGGCUGCAGACCAUCUCGGGCGUUCGCCUGCUGGACGCCGGCCUCAACCGGCCCUAUGACUACGACAACCUGGCGCAGGUGUUCGUGCGCCGGCUGUGCCCCGUCUGAGGCGGCGGGUCGAGGCUGAGCCUCUCGGCGUCUGUACCCGCUGCCGUGUCGGUGGCUUGCGUGAGAGAGGGUGGAGCCGGGCAGACGUGAAGCAGCGCGAGGUUGCGCCGGACGUGUGGUCUAAGGUGUACAGUGGAGGACGCGGGUGAACGCCCCUCGCCGUGGGGUCUGAGGCGUUGCGCUGUGGUGAUGGCGCCUGGCAUCUGUGAAUUGAGUUAUGCUUGUUACUGACGGUAGCAGUUUUGUUAAGUUGUAUUAUCAUUUAUCAUUGCCGCAGAUGAGUUAGUUGUGGACGGACCCGCCGGGUAGACGUGCCCGACCGAGAGAGCGGCGCUGGGUUUUAUUGGAUGCCGUUUAUAUAGAUGCGCCAUCCGGGAGUAUGUCAGUGACGCGUCCGUGCCGUCUCAUGGUUUUACUCCGGCUUAUACAUUCCUUUGGUGAGUUAUUCGGUCCGUAUCAGAUGCUGGAACCUUAUUACGUGUGGGACUCGAGAUCCUACAGGACUGAUCAGGGAGCGAUUCACGCAAGUUGUCCUAGUCUGCACACCAGCUGAAUCGCCUGUGAACCGAUACCAAUCUUCGAGACGUUGGUCAGCGCAGACGGAUGGGACGAACUUUGAUAUCCAG